UUUUGAUCUCUCUCUCUCUCUCUCGAUCUACCUCUGGCGGUGUGCACCUCACCUGAACCUAGAUCGUCGGAGAUUAUUCUCCGAGAGACGUCGCCGGAGAUAAACAAAACGCCAUAAAUGUCGACAUCAAAGGUUUCAUUCGGUUUACUUUCAGCCUUUGUUCUCAUUUUCGCCAUCACAUUGCCUACCGCUGUUCAUGGCCAGCCUUUCGCUCCAGCUCCUGCUCCUGCUCCUACCAGCGACGGAACAUCAAUUGACCAGGGGAUAGCAUAUUUGCUGAUGCUGCUGGCUUUGGUGCUCACAUACAUCAUCCAUACCCUGGAUACCCCUGUUGACCUCAGUUGACUCAACAUUUCAUUUGCAGCUAUAAGGGUAUUAUGGUAAUAAUCUAAUUGUUUUAUUGUAUGUUAGUAAUGAAUUAUGAGAUUGGUGUUAACUAGUUGUUAUUGACUGCCUGCUGCAUUUUGUUUGAAACUGGUUGCUUGGUUUCUAGUCU